AUGGCAUGGCAACGACUUCUCCAGUCUCCUCGGCAAAUUUCAUCUGGUCGAUAUAUCCACCAGCUAUCACGUUAUUAUUGCUCAUCGUAUCAACAGAUACCUUUAUCGCAACCUUUGCCUAAUAUAGCUACUCCUAAAUAUGCUCCUACUAUCGAGAAUAGUACUCAGAAUCCACAGUUAACACAAUUAUCCAAUGGCAUUAAGGUCAUUACUGCACCAUGUUAUGGACAAGUUGGCUAUAUUGGAGCGAUAGUGGACGCUGGAUCACGCUAUGAAUUAGCUUUCCCUAAAGGCAUUUCUCACUUGAUGGGAAAGAUAUGUUUCCAGGGUUCACGAAAGUUUGAGAAUAAAGAAGAUUUCAUCGAUAAACUAGAUUCCUAUGGUGUGAAUGUACAAUGUGAAAUGAAUAGAGAUUGUGCCGUUUAUUCUAUCUCUGGCUUUCGCCACGGAAUACCAGAUAUGUUUGCAGCCUUAGCCGAUUCUAUUUUAUUUCCUGACCUUUCACAGAGAAAUGUAGAAAACCAAAAAGCGGCCCUAAAUGCAGAAUUAGAACACAUUAAAAUGAUGGCGGAUGCAGAAAUUAUUUUAACUGAACUAAUACAUGGGGCAGCUUACGGAGAAAAGAGUGUUGGAUUUUCGAAAUUUGCUGAUAUGGAAACCUUUCCCGAGAUCGAUACAUCGUCGUUACAACGUUAUCAUGAACUGCUCUACACACCGAAACGACUAGUUAUUGGUGGGGUCGGCGUUAACCAUCAAGAACUUGUGGAAUUAGCUGAAAAAUAUUUCGUAAGCGAUGUACCUAGUUGGUUUAAGUCAUCAACAUCACCGGUGGAGGAUGAGACGGAAUAUAUAGGAUCGAAUAUGGACCUACCAAAGGCCCCUGCAGGUCCGACCAUGACUGCAGCAAUGGUGUCCGAAUUGUCCCAUGCAGCUUUUGCUUUACAAGGUGUUUCAUAUAUGGAUCCCGAUUUCUUUAGUUUAGCAGUUUUGAGCUUAUUGAUGGGAGGUGGCGGAUCUUUCUCAGCUGGUGGUCCUGGAAAAGGAAUGUAUUCUAGAAUUUAUAGAUCUGUUCUAUGUAACUAUUACUGGAUGUUUUCUUGCCUUUGCUUACAACAUUGUUACGUUGAUAGUGGCUUAUUUGUAAUAAAUGCAAGUGCUCCUCCUGAACAGAUGGGGCAGCUUGCUGAAGUGGUCAUGACCACAAUUUGUAAUAUGAAAAAUGGAUUUCAUAAGGACGAAGUCUCUCGUGCUAAAAGGCAACUUCAGUCUGUACUAUUAAUGAAUUUAGAAUCGAAACAGAUUAUGCUAGAAGAUUUAUGUCGGCAAACCUUAUCUCUACCUGCUUAUACCUCAGUUCAAGAAUUAUGCGAUAACAUAGAGCAAGUUACGGAAGAAAGCUUAAUACGCGUUGUAGAUAGGAUACUAAGUUCGAAAUUAUCCGUUGCCGCUUACGGAAAUCUAAAGCAUUUUCCAUCUCAUGAGCAAAUGCAAGAAGCUAUGACGAACAAUGGUCGGAUUAAAUCACAAAGUAGAUUUUCUUUCUAUUCCUAA